CUUUAUAGCUACGAAAAGUAUGUGAACAAACACAUGGGAAAGGCAUGCUAUCGGAGAGAGUCCUAUAAAUUAACAGGAAUUAUUAUAUAAGGUUUAUUGAGCUCCCAGAGAACAGUCGGUAUCUCUCUCUAGCACGAUGAUUGCACUUGCAUUGGGACUUCUGGUAGCCUGCUCAGCUGUGUCUGGACUCCCCAGGCCGGGCCCUGACCCAUCUUACUUAGCUGGAUACGACCGGUUUGGAUAUGGAGGAUAUCCCGGGAUUGUGGAGUAUGGAUACCCACCCAUAGUCGACACUGCUUUAGUCGCUCCCAUCCCUACAAUCGCUGAGCCCGUCAUCGUGGAGGAAGUUGUCGGAUUUGGAGGUUACGGUUUGGGCGCUGGUUAUGGCCCAUUGGGUUACGGUAAUUUGGGUUACGGUGGUCUAGGUUACAACGGUCUGGGUUUCGGUGGUCUAGGCUGUGGUGGUUUAGGCUUCAACGGUUUAGGAUUUCCGUUAUAUUAACCACCAUUAAUAGAUAUAUGUACAUUGUCAGCUCAUUACUAUAUGUGAUUUUUUUACGAAUACUGAAUAAAAAAAUAACUAUGUU